UUAGGGUGGAUUCGCACUCACACAGCCAUGCUAUUGCCUCUGUAUCAUUAGAUUCUCUUUGUUCUUUCAUUUUCUUGAAAGAUCAAGAAAAGCCCCCAGCCCAGAGAUGCUAGUAAUUACUAUUGAAAAUCCACCGGCUUUUGGAGUUGGUCUUCUAGGUAACAUCAUAUCAUUCUUGGUGGUCCUAGCCCCCAUGCCAACAUUUUAUAGGGUGUACAAGAGGAAAUCGACGGAGUCGUUCCAAUCAAUACCAUAUGUGGUGGCAUUAUUCAGUGCCCAGCUGUGGCUUUAUUAUGGCCUCCUCACCAAGGAUGUGCUGUUGCUCACCAUCAACUCUGCUACAUGCCUCAUCGAAUGUAUCUACUUAUCAAUAUACCUCACUUAUGCUCCCAAGAAAGCCAUGGCUUUCACAUUAAAGUUAAUAUUCUUAUUCAAUGUGGGGUUGUACGGAUCCCUAGUUCUUUUCUCUCUAAUAUUCGUGAAGGGAAGGUGGCGAUUCCAAACUGUUGGAUGGAUUUGUGCGACCUUUGCCGUCAGCGUAUUUGUGGCUCCUCUGAGCAUCAUUAAACUAGUAAUAAAAACUAGAAGUGUGGAGUACAUGCCAUUUCCAUUGUCCUUCUUCCUUACUCUCAAUGCAGUAGCAUGGUUCUGUUAUGGCCUUCUCUUGAAGAAUAUCUUUGUGGCAUUACCCAAUGUGGUGGGCUUCGUGUUCGGAAUGGCGCAAAUGAUAAUUUACUUCAUUUACAUGAAUGCCAAUAAGGAUGAACCAAAACCAGAAGUUACCAACCAGGACAUGGAAGCGAUGCCUGCAGCUACUUUGAAUUCAGAUGUAGAACUGGCUGACAAGAAGAGCAUUUCUGAAAAACCCACUGAAGCGAGUGAGCAUCUAGUGCCUGAUCCUGGUAAAUCUGAGGCAUAAAGUUAUAGCGAGCAGUAUAGUUAUCAUGUCCAAUCACAUUGAGAGUCUUCCCCUGAAACUCUGUAACUGAGGAUAUAGUAUAGAACCUUGCCAACAUAGCAGUAUUACAUCAUUUGCUAGUACAUGCAAAGGAAAUAAAUGCCUCUAUGACCUGCUUGCCUUGAUGCCUUCAUACCAUCUCCUAGAAUAAAACAACAUGCAAUGUAACUAUAUCUGCAUGCAAGUAAUAAAAAAUUUUUUUGCUUGUUUUGACA